GUGUGAUGGCGUGACAGUAGUGGGUGAAGAGAGAAAAUCCUACUGUUUCGGUAAGAUAUUACAUUUAUAUGGGGAUUUAAACCAUUAUGUAUUCAGCACGAACGAAUACAGUUGAUCUCCAAACGCACUGGCGUCAGCUGUCAAGUGAUCGGUGGAACGAGAGUCGAGUCUGUUGUUGAACACAUUCAGAUUGACUGAGAAGCUGUCAGUCUCUCGCAAACCUGAGCCCAACAACGACACCCAAUUUUUAUGUAAUAAUAUUUUGAUUAUCGAUAAUGGGGGCAGACAGUGGUCCGGGAGCUCCUGCGGCCGUCCCAUGGCGUAAGGUCCUAUAUGAACGGCAGCCCUUUCCAGACAAUUACGUGGACCGGCGUUUUCUGGAGGAGCUGCGACGCAACAUCCGAGUGCGCCAGUACCGUUACUGGGCGGUUGUGCGAGAGACUGGUCUCAUCGCACAGCAGGUGUCCUGUGUGGCUGUCUUUCUCACAUUAUGGUCUUAUAUGGAGCAGGGAGACCUGGUGCCGUCCACAGUGCUCUGGGUCUGUCUAGGCUGUGCUCUGUUGGGAUACGGACUCUAUGAGAUCUUAGGAAGCUCUUGUGUUCGGGAGCGAACGCGUCUGGCUGACCUGCAGACUGCGACCAUCUUCUUGGCAUUUACAUUUGGGUUUUCACCUGUUUUAAAGACUCUAACCGAGUCGGUUAGCACAGAUACUGUGUACGCUAUGUCAGCCAUGAUGCUCCUUGCUCACUUGGUGUCCUUCCCCUACGCCCAGCCCAGUCCGCCAGGUAGUCUUUCCCUUAACGCAGCCCUUUUUGCAUCGGUGUGCCUGGCGUCCCGCCUGCCUGGUGCUUUGCACACCUUCACCAUGUUGAGCUGUGCCCUCCUUGUAUUCGCUCUCUGGCCUUGCCUGCUGCACCGUAUGCGGGAGAAGGCAGAGUGGAGCUUCUCGUGGGCAGCGGUGCUGGUGUGUCUGGCCGGAGUCGUGGGUCUGGGUAGCCUGUGGCCCGAGGGGGCUCUUCUCCUAUCACUGGCUCUGUUAACAUUAACUUUAGUCUGUCCACUGUUACUGGUCCACCUGCAGAGGCACAAGGACAACAUCCACGGUCCUUGGGACGAGGCAGAGAUUAGAGAGGAUCUGUCCCGCUUCCUGAAUUGAAACUGUCUACUGGGAUUUAAAACUGUUUUAUAUGAUGCUGUUGAUAGAGUCCCGUUGGAGGGAUGAUUUUGAGAGUUUUUGCACUUUUUUUAAAGGGACAGUUCACCCAUUAAUGAAUAUUCUGUCAUUAAUUACUCACCCUCAUGUCAUUUCAAAGCUGUAAGACCUUUGUUCAUCUUCAGAACACAAAUUAAGAUAUUUUUGAUGAAAUCUCAGUUUUCUGACCCUGCAUAGACAGCAACACAACAGAAAUUUUUAAGGACUAUUGUGGACUAUUUUAAUGAUGUUCUUACUUUCUUUCUGGGUCUUGAACGUGUCAGUUGCGUUGCUGUCUAUGAGGGUCAGAAAGCUCUCGGAUUGCAUCAAAAAUAUCUUAAUAUGUGUUCCGAAGAUGAACGAAGGUCUAACAGGUUUGGAAAAACAUGAGGGUGAGAAAUUAAUGACAGAAUUUUCAUUUUUGGGUGAACUAUUUCUUUAAAAAAGAUAGUUCACCUUAAAAUGAAAAAUCUGUCAUCAUUUGCUUCCCUGAAGUUGUUACAAACCUGGUUUUGGUUACCAUUGGCUUCAGUUGUAUCAACAAAAAAAAAAAAGUGUGAGUAAAUGAUGACAGAAUUUUUAUUUUUGGGCAAGUCAUAAGUUAUGCGCCUUUAAGCUCAGGGAAAAAUAAGAAUGGUUACUGGGAAAUUACAAUUGAUUUUGCCAAUAUAAAAUAUAACUAAACUAUUAAAUGGGUGAACUUUAUACUAACAUGUCCAGGUCAUAUUUAACACCAAAUUCAAAAGGGAAAAAAAGUAAGAUUUUAUGUUUUGCCUGAAGAAAAAAAAAAAAUCUUAAUGGUCCAAAAAAUAACAAAUAAUAAUUUGGGUUAUGAUCCAGACAUGUUUUGUGAUAUUAAAAUGAUUUAUAUGAAAGUAGGGAGUUCUUUUUAACAGUAUUUAAUAUAAAUGUGCAUAUUUUGGAAUUGCUUGAUUUAAUGAUGAAAUGUUUAAAUGAUCUUAAUAAUGCUAUUAUUUUACGAUGCUCACUCUACUGGAAAUAAAUGUUGUUUUUAACUGAUAUACACUGCGGUUCAAAAGUUUUGGAACAGUAAGAUUUUUAAUGUUUUUUAAAGUCUCUUCUGCUCAUCAAAGUUGCAUUUAUUUGAUCAAAAAUACAGGAAAAAAGUAAUAAUAUGAAAUAUUAUUCCGACUUAAAAUAGCAGUUUUCUGUUUUUAAUAUACUUUAAAAUAUAAUUUACUUCUGUGAUGCAAAGCUGGAUUUUCAGCAUCAUUUCUCCAGUCUUAAUUGUCACAUGAUCCUUCAGAAAUCAUUCUAAUGUACUAAUUUAUUACUUUUAUUAUCAGUGUUGGAAACAGUUGUGCUGCUCAAUAUUUUUUCUGGAACCUGUGAUACUUUUUUUCAGGAUUCUUUGAUGAAUCUAUGUGUUGCCUGAACAAAAUGAAAAAUCGAAAUGGUCCAAAAAAUAGAGUUUUUUAGUCAAAUAAUAUAAUUUGGGUUAUGAUCCAGACAUGUUUUGUGAGAUUAAAAUGAUUAAUAUGGAAGUAGGGAGUUCUUUUUAACAGUAUUUAAUAUAAAUGUGCAUAUUCUGGAAUCGUCUGAUUAAAAAGUUUAAAUAGUUGUCAAUAUUUUAAUAAUGCUGUUAUUAAGAAACCAUUCUAAUAUGCUGAAUUAUUACUUUUAUUAUCAAUGUUGGAAACGAUUAUGCUGCUUAAUAUUUUUUUGGAACCUAUGAUACAUUUUUCAUGAUUCUUUAAUAAAUAAAAAGAACAGCAUUUACUCGAAAUAGAAAUCUUUUCUAACAAUACAAGUUUUUGCUAUCACUUUUUAUUCAUUUAACACAUCCUUGCUAAAUAAUUAAUUUCUUUCAAAAAAAAAAAAAAAAAAACUUUGAACACUGAUAAUAAAUCAACAUAUUAUAAUUGAUAUAUGAUAUGAUUUCUGAAGGAUCUCGUGACACUGAAGACUGGAGUAAUGGUGCUGAAAAUUCAGCUUUGCAUUCCAGAAAUAAAUUAUAUUUUAAAGUAUAUUAAAAAAGAAAACCACUGUUUUAAAUUGCAAUAAUAUUUCACAAUAUUACAGAUUUUUUCUGUAUUUUUAAUCAAAUAAACACAGCUGUUAUGAGCAGAAAUGACUAAUUAAAAAAAAAUAUUUAAAAUCUUACUGAUCCCAAACUUUUGAACGGCAGUUUGUAUAAAUAUUUAAUUUUUAUUUGAAUGGAGGUGAUAGAAAAUCUAUUUGCAAAGGCUGAAACUGUUCUGGACAAGCUGUUGCCCACAAGAUGUCAGUCAGUCCCAGGUAUUUCUGCAGUACUAAUUGUUGUUCACGUAAAACAGCAUAGCAGCAGGACAUUUUUGCCAGUGUUCAAUUCAUAGAAUACAAUAAGCCUUUGUUGGCUUUUCUGUAGUCAUUUACUACUGUCAGAAUAAGAGCUUAUAUGAACAGUCUGUGUGACGUUGCAAAAAAGUUGCCAAAUUAAAGCAUUUUGUGCAAAAUCUA